UAUAUACGCACUUCCGUUGUGCAUUGUGUAUUUCCUGUCUCGGUUGGUAGGAGGAAAAGCAGCAGGCAACAGAGACGUGUAUUUAUUGAGUUGGAAGAAGGCAUUUCAUCAUGAAGAAACAGGACACGGAAGAGUCGGCCACGCAGGGCAGUGACGCGGCUCCACCACCUGGCACUGGAGAGAUUGAGGGAAGCACAGCGGCAAAAGACGUUACAGACACUGUCAGCCCUAAAGAGCCAGACAGACCAUCACAGAUUGAUGGGGCUGAAAGUUCAGUGGCUGAGGUGUCUGCCGUUCCCAACACAGCAGAGUCUGCAGCUCUCCCCGCGGUCCCACCUGUAGAAGAGCCUGCUUUCGUCCCAGUCUCUUCUAUAGCAGACCAUGUACCCGUCCCAGUCUCUACUAUGGCAGACCAUGUACCCGUCCCAGUCUCUACUGUAGCGGAGGGGGUGUCGUCUCAGUGUGACAUGGCUGAGGAGCUGAGCCGCCAACUGGAGGACAUCCUCAACACCUACUGCCUGGAGGACAACGGGGAGGACGGGGUUAACCUGCCCAACGGCCAAUCACACGGCCCUGUGCUCAACGGCCUGGCCAAUGAGAAGGAGCUGGACGUGAAGCCAGAGGAUGUCAAAGUGAACGCCGGCGGGGCGGAGAAAGAGAAAGUAAAGACUCAGGAGAAGAAGAAGGUGAAGGGUCUGGGUAAAGAGAUCACCCUGCUGAUGCAGACCCUGAAUACUCUGAGUACACCAGAGGAGAAACUGGCAGGCCUCUGUAAGAAGUAUGCUGAUCUGCUGGAGGAGCAGCGGAACAGUCAGAAGCAAAUGCGUGUCCUGCAGAAGAAACAGUCUCAGCUGGUGCAGGAGACGGACCACCUAAAGAAGGAACACAGCAAGGCCAUCCUGGCACGCAGCAAACUGGAGUCACUCUGUAGGGAGCUGCAGAGACACAACCGCACGCUCAAGGAGGACGGGACACAGCGUGCACGCGUGGAGGAGGAGAAGAGGAAGGUGGUGACAUCACACUUCCAGGUGACUCUGAAUGACAUCCAGGCCCAAAUGGAGCAGCAUAACGAGAGGAAUGCCAGUCUGAGGCUGGAGAACUCUGAGCUGGCAGAGAAGCUCAAGAAACUCAUCCAACAGUAUGAACUACGAGAGGAGCACAUUGACAAGGUGUUCAAGCAUAAGGACCUGCAGCAACAGCUGGUGGAUGCUAAGCUACAACAGGCUCAGGAACUGCUCCUGGAGUCAGAGGACCGCCAUCACAGAGAGAAGGACUUUCUGUUGAAGGAAGCGGUCGAGUCUCAGAGGAUGUGUGAGCUGAUGAAGCAGCAGGAAGUCCAUCUCAAACAACAGCUGUCCUUAUACACAGAGAAGUUUGAGGAGUUCCAGACUACUCUGUCCAAGAGCAAUGAGGUGUUCACCACCUUCAAACAGGAGAUGGAGAAGAUGACGAAGAAGAUUAAGAAGCUGGAGAAGGAGACGACCAUGUAUCGCUCCAGGUGGGAGAGCAGUAACAAGGCCCUGCUGAACAUGGCUGAGGAGAAAACUCUGCAGGACCGUGAGUUCGACAGCCUCCAGGGGAAGGUAGGGAAGUUGGAAAAGCUUUGCCGGGCGCUGCAGAACGAACGCAACGAACUCAGCAAGAAGGUUCAGGGCCUGAGCACCGGCCCCGGGGACAACAGCCCAGGGGCUGAAUCCCCUUCCCUACCCCCCACAGACUCCCAGGAGCCCAGCCCAGACCCCGACACCACCACUCCUAGCUCCCCAAUUCCCUGCUCCCACGGCUGCCACUGCGGCCCAGAGUUGGACACUGAGAACCAGGCCUGUGCAGCCACCCUCACUGCCCAGGAAUGAGACCUCUUGCCUGGGCAACACCGCUCAGUCUCCCCUUCACCAACCGAUUACCAACUACCAGCCUGCAAGCCAAGCCACUAUUAAUGUGGGAGUUAAGAGUGUGGGUCUGUAUGAUUUCCCCCAGAGUUAGAUAAACUUGUCCCCUAACCACAGAUCUAGGAUCAGAUUACCUUAUGUACAUCUAAAAACCAAUAGGGCGGUGCAGGAAAAUCUGACCCGGGAUCUGUAGUCAGUUAGCAGCUUCUACCUACUCUGGUGCCUCCUGGAGAGUUGAAGGUGAUGAUGAUGAUGGUGGUGUCAGUCAGGGAAGAUUAUUGAAGGUUCUUCAUCCUGCGUGUUUUGUUUUGGUCUUUUUAAUUUUCCUUUGAGAACUCUAGUACACAAUGUUCAUGGAAAUCACAGCUUUUAUGCGAGGCAAAGCUAGCUAAAGAAAGGCUUCAUCCCAAAUGGCAACCUAUUCCCUAUAUAGUGCACUACUUUUGACCAGAGCCCUGUUGGAAUAGGGUGGUAUUUUGGACACAGGCAAAGUGUGAUCUACAGUAAAGAUGUUGGGACAGAUGAGUAUUUUGUGUGUGUGCUUGUCUCCAUCGGUCCCUCUUUUUCGUGUGUGUGUGUGUGUGUGCGCAUCCUUGUCUGUCAGUCAUAAAGAUGUUAAGAUGCAGUGAAUCUGCAAAUGUAGGGCCACAGUUGGACUUGAAUUUUAGGAUUUGUCCCUUUAAUUUUAUUUUUUUAUGUUGAGCACACUGAAAACAUGGCUAACGCAUCAGCGCAUGUAGGAAUCACCUGACCUUUACCUCGGUACAGAGUGUAUAUAUCUAGUUUGGGGAUAUCUUGCAAAAGGUCACUUUCAUUCCAUUUUAGACAUCCUUGUUUAGGUCCAGAGCAUCGCAACACUUAAAGGGAUGGUGUAGAUAUUCUUUAUGAAUCUUGCAGAAUCGUUGGAUCCACAAAAGAAUGCUCUUAGACCAAGGGUUUAUUCACUAGGAACCAACCGGAAGCAAAUGGGGGCGAAACGAAGAGGGACGUUGCUGAAUUUGUCCGAUUUAAGAAAAUAGUUUUCAUUGCUAAAUGUUUUCCGCUGCAAAAUGUUUCGUUAACGGUUUGUACAAAUGAAUACACCUCAAAGAUUAGACAAAAUUGCCUUGUUCUUUCGUUUGGUUUUGGGUUGCUUCUUUAUAUCAAUUUGAUGUUCCUCAUUCCCACAAUAUGCAAGUAUCCAUUCCACACUCGUAUUACUUGCUUUUUCAAUUUCAUUCUACAACAUUGGAUCCAAUGUAACAUGUUUUAACAUUUUCAUGCUGGCUGUCUUUUGAGAACAUGAUCAUUUAUAGUUAAGAUGUAAACAUUCCACAAACGGAUAUUGAAAUGUACUGACAAAGGUGGCUACCAAUGAUGCAUUCUCUAUUCUGUGUGUGUGUGUGUUUUGAGAAUAUAUAUCUCAACAAGAUUGUAACUCAACUUGGACAGUUUGGUUUAAUCAGGUCAAAUAAAACGCGUUUAAACCAGAUAUUUCUAUGCAACCUUCGCAUUGUUAUCUAGUUCUGUGUCAGUUUGAUUUGAGAAGCACUUAACUGAAUGUAUUAUCAACUCCCUUAGAUGUGCACUGGCCUGGGGUGUGUUCACUAGGAACCAAAUGUUAGCAAACAGAAUAUAACAGGGAGGGACCAACCUGAAAUUCUCCAAUAGAAACUCACAUUUUUUUGUUGCAAAAAAACAUGUUCUGUUGUGAGACUGUUUGCUACAUGCUGAACCUGAACCUCAGUGGUUAAUUGCGAAAUUCUUCCUUCUAUAUAAACCGUGUCACACAACUGCUUCUUUUCUCUGUACUGUGUAGUGUUAUGUUGACACAACAUGUGUAUAUACUGUGGUGUAACCAGUGUGUUCCCCAUACUCUUUGAAAAAGGAAGACAUUCUGGGUUUUUUUCCCUGUUUUUUUUCUUGAGUUUAUUUUCACCGUCAGUUAUGUUGGAAGAAGGAUUGCUUUAUUGCAAUGAAAGUACAUUAAUCAUUUCUGUAGAGUGUAUCCAUGUUUAGCAUCACAUGUCUUCCAUGUUUUAGUUUGUAGCGUUGGUCUGUCUCUGGGGGCUACCGCUUGAGGAAUGCAAUACUUUUCUUUAUUACAUAAAACAUUAAAGAAUGACUAAAUUUCUUGAGCGCCACUGGGUUUUAGAGAUUCAUCGUGUUGAUUAAGAACCCAAGAUGGUUUCUCUUAUUUUGGGUUUUUCCCCGUUUUAUUUUCAUGUAUUUUUCUUACCCUGUAUACUUAAUGUCUUGCUAAUUAAAAUAUGUACAUGUUGUGA